AAGGUGUUAUUGGCGCCAUUAGUCCUGACCAGAGUCUCUGGACGUCUGAAUAAACCUGGCGGACUUUCAGCUGCUCACCUUUUACUGGAUCUUUCCUCUGAAUCGUCUCCCGAUAGCGUGCUGAGCUAUUAGUUAGCUUAGCUAUGAGCUAUUAGUUAGCUUAGCAUGCUAGCUGGAAACAGACCGAAGUUAGAAACACAGCGCUAGUCCGAGGUUAACGGAGAGAAACGGCGUUUUUAACGGGGUUUAUUUGGAGGAAACGUCUGUGAUUCAGUGAAUAUGUGUGAAGUCCAUGUGCUGAAAUAUUUAGUGAAGCAGCGACUCACUGAGGCUGCUGAAGAGAUAUUUGGGCUGUUUGAAAGAACGAUAGCAGAGUACGAGGAGGAAGCUUCUAGAUUAAAAGAGGACAACGACCGACUGAAGAAACAUCUGCACGCUGUUUUCAACCCUGAAGUCCGCAUACAAAGAGCAGACCUCCAGCAGCUUCUUGUGAUUAAGGAAGAGCAGCAGGAGGAUCCAGAGCCCCCCGACGUUAAAGAGGAACAGGAGGAUCCAGAGCCCCCCAACGUUAAAGAGGAACAGGAGGAUCCAGAGCCCCCCAACGUUAAAGAGGAACAGGAGGACCCAGAGCCCCGCCCCACUAAAGAGGAGCAGCUUCAAGGGCUGGAGAAGGCUGACAUGAAGGUCUUAUACACUCCUGUGAAAAGUGAAAAUGAUGUAGAGGAAGCUCUGUCCUCUCACCUUUAUCAGAGACAUACUAAACAGAUGGAGACAGAAGGUGAUGGAGAGGACAGUAGAGUACCAGAACUAGACAGGAACUCUUGUCUAGAUUGUCCCUCAGAACCAGAUAGCAAUGAAAAUACUGAAGACUCUUCUGAGCCGAAGGACAGUGAUGAUCGGAAGGAAACAUUUGGUUGCCUUAAAAAGAUGAAGGGACACAUGAUGACCCACACAUCAGGGAAACCUUUCAGCUGCUCAGAGUGUGGUAAAUGUUUCACCCAAAGGGGAAGUCUAAAAAUACACGAGAGAUGUCACACAGGGGAGAAACCUUUCAGCUGCUCACAGUGUGGUAAAUGUUUCACAACAAGCGGACAACUGAAGAUACACAUGAUGUUUCACACAGGGGAGAAACCUUUCAGCUGCUCACAGUGUGGUAAAUGUUUCGCUUUAAGUGGACGUCUUAAGACACACAUGAUAAUUCACACAGGGGAGAAACCUUUCAGCUGCUCACAGUGUGGUAAAUGUUUCAAUUUAAGUAGAAGUCUUAAGACACACAUGAUAAUUCACACAGGGGAGAAACCUUUCAGCUGCUCACAGUGUGGUAAAUGUUUCGCUUUAAGUGGAAGUCUUAAGAUACACAUGAGAUAUCACACAGGGGAAAAGCCUUUCAGUUGCUUACAGUGUGGUAAAUGUUUCACAACAAGCGGACAACUCAAGAUACACAUGAUUUUUCACACAGGGGCGAAACCUUUCAGCUGCUCACAGUGUGGUAAAUGUUUCACAACAAGCGGACAACUGAAGAUACACAUGAGAUGUCACACAGGGGUGAAACCUUUCAGCUGCUCAGAGUGUGGUAAAUGUUUCACUGUAAGUGUAAGUCUUAAGACACACAUGAGAUGUCACACAGGGGUGAAACCUUUCAGCUGCUCAGAGUGUGGUAAAUGUUUCACUGUAAGUGGACGUCUUAAGACACACAUGAAAUGUCAUACAGGGGAGAAACCUUUCAGCUGCUCACAGUGUGGUAAAUGUUUCGCUUUAAGUAGAAGUCUUAAGGCACACAUGAGAUGUCACACAGGGGAGAAACCUGUGCUCACAUUACAUGUUAUUUAGCUGACGCUUUUAUCUAAAACGACUUACAUUGCAUUAUAACCCGUUACAUUUUUGCCUGGGGAGCAAUUAGGUGUUAGGUGUCUUGCUCAGGGACACUUCGACAUGGCACAUGGGGCAGCCGGGAUUUGAACCACCAACCUUGCGGCCCCCAGCGCACUGCACAGUGUAGUAAAUGUUUUACUGCAUUUGGAAGUCUGAAGAGACACAUGCUGUAUCACACAGGGGAGAGACCUUUCAGCUGCUCACAUUGUGGUAAAUGUCUCGCUGUAAGCAGAAGUCUGAAGACACACAUGAGAUUUUACGCAGUGAAAAAAACCUAAUUGGCUCAAAAUGUGAUAAAGGUUUCACUCAAGCAGCUCUCCAGUUUGGUUUCUGAAGUGGUAACAGCAUGAAGUUGGGCCCUACUGUAUCUAGCUAAUGCAGCUCAACCUCCUCCAUUGGCUCUUGUUGCUUGUCUCUAAAGCCCCUUUGUCACGCAAAUGUCCCGGAAACCAGAACUAUCUAUCUUGAUUGCCUGUUCAGGCUUCAGUAAGGGGCCUCUGUUCGUUUUUUUCAGACCAGCUGCCACAACAUGAGUUUACAUCUUUGUCGUUCCCCCUGAGGUUUCUUUUUUUCCUCCUUUUUUGGGGGGCAAUCUUUUCAUCUGCGGAUGUGAGGGUUUUGGGACAGAGGAUGUUGCAUGAUUACAUACCGUGAAGCCCUCUGAGGCUAGUAUGUGAUUUUGGACUAUAAAAUUAAUUGAAGUCUCUUCAGGCAGAUGUUUAGUAAAUUCAUAUCCUGAGAACACAACUCCAAAGAUAAUUCCAUCCUUCCAAUGAAUAACCUUAAGUUACGUUGCCUACUUUAAAAUUGUAAUGUUACCCAGCCUUUUAUUGACUUUUAACUUGGUGACCGUCUCAAUUCUGUUGUUUUGCAUGUUACUUUGCUUUCACUUUGUUUUCCCUUUUUUUCAUGAAAUAUGUUGUUGGGAUUUAGAUUAGAUGUUUUACUGGUUAUUUUGAUACUCAUUGUCUGUUCAUCUUAAUUAUGAGCUGAGUACAUAUUUGAUUGUCAAAAUAAUGUAUCUGUGUAUUUAAAAACAAAACAAGAAUGAAAUCCUACUGUCAUUUUACAUUGCUGAGCGAGAAGAGGUGCUGAAAAUGAUAUGAAGGCAAUACAUUUUAAUUUUUUUGCAUAAGUGAAUAAAUGUUGAAAAAUCAAUUGAGCUUUGUCUAUUUUCCACUUCCAACCCACAUAUUGCAUAUGGAAAAGAAUAAAUCAAAGGCAGCAUGAACUUAAUUAUAAAAAUAAUUUAGCGUUUUUAUUUUGUAAGUUACCCCACCAUGCAUGAUGCAGCAGAACCCACAACAAGGUAGAAAUGCUGUACUAAUUUACAGGGACACAUGAUUCUCAGCCUGUAAAGUGAAGGUGGUCUGGUGGAAUAA